UUUAAAUCCUCUUCAGCACUCUGCGUGUUUUCAUUUUGUAACAUUAACGUGGUUUUCUCUCCUUAAAAAAAUCAGGAGUUCAUACAGAGGUGAAAAUGUGAACCGCGGUUCUAAAUAGGUACAGUUUGAACGCAUUGUUGAUACAAAUGGGCUUCUUUACAGAUAGUGUCAAACACAGACUCACUUUACCUGCGAGAAAAACAAACGCGGCCUCCGCGGGGUUUAAAUGAGACGUGCCAAACAACAACAUUCAAGCUUUCUUGUUAUUAUAUAAAUAUAAUCGUACACAGCUGACAAAGAGGAAGCACAGAAUGCGCAAUCGACACUGAACUCAUUCGGCAACAUGCGCUUCGUGUUUCGGGUUAAAUAUUUGGACAAAGGGUCAUUUUCAAGUGAAAUGUUUGCACAAAAGUUCACGAAGUGACCCAUUUUUUUUUUUUUUUUUUUUUUUUUUUGUACUUUUUGCCACAAAACAAUUUGCAUAGCUUUCGCAAAGGCUUUUUUCACCGGAAUGACGUAUCUAGAAAAACACGCUGAGUAAAUCUGUGGACACGAUCCCUCGCUUGCUUUUUAAGCAAGGCUUUUAGAAGUGCGUACUUGUGCGCUGGGGGGUUGCCUGGCUGCGGUAAGGUGUGUGCAGGUAGAGAAGUCGGCGGUGACUCGCUCUGACAGACUGACUGCGUAAUUGAAUUAGGCAAAACUGCGCUCUGCAGCUUCUGGGGUGGGUGACACUCGAUUUUCAAACACAGAAACAACUUAUCACAGACUUUCAGGACUACCUGCGCCGUGACCGAAAGCGUUUUCAGUUGUUGGUUUUGUUUUUAAUCAUGCACGCCGAGGUCUUGGAAAGGCAGGCGACCCCGAGAAGGCGAGUUUUCUCCAGGUGUAUGAGCGAGGACGGCGUUUUAGACUACAUGAUCAAGGAGGGUGAAGGGCCACUGUCUGCAAAGCGAGGGGCCCGAACACAAGCCAGACGGGCGCACCUGAAGAGCCUGGAGAAUGAGAAGCAGCAGACUGAAGAGGAGGAGCUGGUGUUGAAAUCUCUAGAGAUGUCUGAUGAGAGUGAGCUGCAGGAGCAGUAUGAGGAAGCCCUGCAGUCUGUGAAGCAGCUGGAGGUCCAGCAGGGGGUCCUGUGCUUCGAGGUGGACUGGCUACGGGACGUGCUGGAGGGGACGGAGGAGCAGCUCGCUGAGGCGGAGAGGCAGAGCCGAGACGCAUACCUGGAGAUGGAGCGCGAGAGACAGGCCAAGCAAGAGCUGGAAGGAACAGUGAGGAGGCUGCUGCAGGAGCUGGAGAGGCUGAGAGAGGAGAAUUCCACCAAUCAGGUCACAAUGGUGGAGAAAGCUUGUGGGACAGAAGAUAUGGAAGGAAGCUGGACUGUGAGGGAGGAGAGGAAAGGGAGAGCUGGAAGGUACGGCGAAAGACAAGGAAAAUGGGAAGAUGGAGGAGGAGAGAGGGAAGAAAACAGAGAUGAAGAGAGAAUCCAGGAAGAGAACCACCAGGAUCUUGAAAAAUACCAGCUUCCUGUUUAUAAAACCAGCGCCGGCAGCAUUCCAGACAUUCCCAAACCUCCCGGUGAAGUGAGUUUGGAAAACCGGGAAGGGAAAUAUUCCGACAUGGGAUGGGAAAGGGAAGAAAAGACUCAUUUUAUAAAGGACAUGGAAAACUCCCAGCAAGAAAGAGUAGUUCCUGACGACAGCCAGGGAGCAGACUGGGACUCUAGUGAGAAACUCGAGGAAGAGAGAGGGAAAGAGGAUGAUAAAAAGGUAGAAGAGACUGCUGGAAAGAGGGAGUUGAAGGCAGGACCAAAGGAGGAUGAGCAGAAACCAGGGAAAUUGGAGACAAAAGCCGGAGGAAUUCUGUCAUCCUUUUUUGGAAAACUAAGUGCGAAGCCUCUAGAUCUCAAGACUGGAAACCCCCAACAGCUACAAAAAGAGGAGACGGCAAUCCUGAACCCUGAACACCAGGUGGUACUAGAGAGCAGUGGAAACACAGUGACGGCAGCAGCAACAGAGAUGGGGCUUCAAACAGGGAGCCAGCAUAGGAGUGCAGAUUCAGGACCGACUCAAACACAAAUACUGCUAGUAAACAGAGCAGGAUUGGAAGGGGGUGGAGGGCAGGCACUGGGAGUUCCUAGCACUGCAACAGGAGAUGAAGGGGGGGUAGCAAAGGGGGGCGGAGAUGGAGUGCAAGUCAUAAAGGGAGAAUGGAGCAGGGUGUCCAUAGAUGGAAGCACAGAUUUAGCCACAAAUUCUGAUUUAAAUAAAGAUUUAUUCACGGUUUUAGCCACGGAUUUGGGGAAGACAAAUGCAGAGCCAGACAAGGGGAUAGAAGAAGCCGUGCAGGAGAAGAUUGCAGAUCUCAAAGCAACUGAGGACAAGGAGGAAGAUGAACGCGCCAUGGUCAAACUCGAGAAAAUGUUCCACAAGACUUUAUCCAAGUUUCCCAGCUUCCGUGUUUCAGGGCCACCUAGUGAUGAAACAGGAGGGAAACGGAAUGUCAUUGGGAAAAGUGGGAUCUCGGAAGAAGAGAAGAAAAAUUCCAAUGAGAUCAAAGAGAAUGCUGAGGAAACCAAGGAAGAUCCACUGAAAUGGGAUGCCCGGGAUGAAAUGAAGAUGAAAGAGGCUCGGUCUUCUUCCGGGGAGGACGAUAUGCAGGACUGUCUGGAGAGGGUGGACGGAAAUCUGGAAUCUCCUUUUCUGGAUGCUUUGGGAAGCCCGGAAGCAGCUGAUGGGCAAACCCAGUCAUUGCAAGGUCAGGAAUCUACCCCAUCCAUGAAUUCCCCUCCCAGCGACCUCUCCCAGUCCCGGGAAUCUCUGAAUGAGAAACACAAUUCCGGGACACAAAGUGGGAAUAGUCCGGAACCCUGCAACAUCUCCUGAAACAUUCCCCAGGGGUUUUCAAGCUGAUGGAAUUACUUUAGAUUUGUUCACGUAUUUUAUGUUCUUAUUUCUAGAUGUUUAUUUGAGGAGCACAACUGGGACACCGUGUCACUCUCCCUCUGUCCGUCUCCACCCCGCAUCUCAACACUUUGUUCUGGGUUUUUGUAUAAAUAAUCAAAUAUAAUAAUACCAUUUCCAGGUAUCUGAUUGUCCAGAAUGGUUUUUACCAUUUAGAAGAAAAAGACCACUACAGCAUUGAAUCCUCAGUAGGACUGCUUGAAACUCGCACUAGCCCAGCGCCGGGGUUCAGAACAGUCUUCAGACAAGCAUAUCAUUGAAAUGAUCAGGAGUUUGAUGUUAAAUAACGUGUUUCUCCCUUAUAGCUGCAUGAACAGCUCUUAUUAGCAGAUUCUCCAGGGUCCUAGCCCCUCCUGCCCCUGCUCAUUUCAAUAAUAUUCCUGUACAGGGGAAUGUCUGAAGCCCAGGACUGGGUGCGGGGCUAGUGCAAGACUUGGAACUCCCACCCUAGUGUAAACUACAGUAGCAGACAAACGAGUUAGGAUCUCUCUUGUUAGCCACUGCUCUGAAACUUCAAGCAAAACAAUGCAAGCAUCAGCCAAAGAGUACAAACCUCUCAUUUUAAACACUUCUUUUAAGGUUGGACUUGGACCGUUUGCUUGUCAAUGAUAGACAUGUUAAACCACAUUACUAGAGGAAGAGACUGCCCUGCACUAAGGACUGCUUUUGAGAACUACCUUGAAUUCUGUUAUAAAAUGUGCCAGCAGUUGGGCCCAUGCUAAACCCUUCCAUAGUUACCUGGGUGUUUUCCGAUCGAUCCAUUGAAGACUCCGGUUUUGAGAUUUGAUCAUCUGUUGGAUAUCACCUGUAAUACCUGUCCUGUCAUUUUCUUCUCUGUAGUGUAAUAACCAGGACUAGAUCAAUCAAACCCGUCGCAUAUCUUUUCUCCAGUUUCUUUUUGUGUUGUUUGUAUCUGCACAGCAGCGUUCGGUGGCAGAUACAGGGUAUUAUAAAUUACUGUAUUAAAGAUCUGUCGAAACUCCAGCUCUCCUGUGUAAAAAUAGCUCUGACUUCACCAGGUGAUGAAGGAGAUGUUCGUGGUCCUGAGAUGCUUCUAACACCAGAUUUCGUCUCAUUACUGUUUUUAACUUUUGUUUUAGCUAUGAUAUAAAUAUAUGUAGAGGUAUAUUGUUUUUAAUAUGGAUGUAAGAAUGCAUGUGCUGUUACGGUGAUGCAAAUGUGUUGGCUGAAGAAUAAAAAUAGUAUUUUUAUUAUUUUAA